AACAAUCUUUGCUUUGUUGCCCUCCAUUUCUCCUCACACGUUCACCCUUCAAUACGUUACCUCCUAAAUCUCAACAUCCAUAGCCAUAGGCCAUAUCCAGCUAUGCAAAUGUCUCUUUCUCUGAUACAUGCUUCUUCUGCUCGGCAGCGAUGAAUUGUGGGCUCUGAUUAAUGUCGAUGAUGAUUUAGGAAAAUGGGGUUUCUUCGAAGCGUAUUGGUAAUCUUUGGAUUUUGGCUUGGGAUCCCCAUUGGCCUUGUAAUUGGCUAUUUGUUGUUCAUAUGCUAUGCCCCAAAAGAUGAUGUUAAUAAGGAUCCACCAGAAUGUAGAUCACUUCAGGAUUUUGACUCGAGCUCCUUUAUUGAUCUUUUUUCUGAACUUCCAUCAUGGGUGAUGAAUCCAGAUUUUGAACGAGUUGAGUGGUUGAAUUUGUUCAUAGAGCAUAUGUGGCCAUAUCUGGACAAGGCAGUUUGUGGAAUCGUUAGAAGCACAACACAACCCAUAUUUGCAGAGUAUAGUGGGAAGUAUCUGAUAAAAUCCAUUGAGUUUGAACACCUUACUCUUGGAACUUUUACCCCAAAAAUUCAUGGUAUAAAGUCAGUUAAACUUAUAGAAAAUCAGCUAAUUUUCGAGCUUGCACUCAGAUGGGCUGGUAAUCCCAAUAUUGUUAUAGCACUGAAAUUGCUGUGUCUAAAAAUCCCUGUACAGUUGAUAGAAUUUCAAAUAUCUGCAAGACUAAGAGUAAUUUUGUCGCCUUUGUUGGCAACCUUCCCGUGCUUUUCAAGCAUUCUAGUGUCACUGAUGGAAAAGCCAAAUGUAGAUUUCGGGCUGAAAGUUUUAGGAGGGGAUCUUAUGGCAAUCCCUGGCUUACACCACUACAUUCAGGAAACUGUUAGCAAAGAAGUUUCCAAGCUUUACCUCUGGCCACAAACACUAGAAAUACCAGUUCUUGACAGUUCAGUAGGAGCUGUGAAGAGGCCCGUCGGAAUACUGCAUGUGAAAGUCUUGAGAGCACGAAAUCUAAUAGACACAGAUGUUUUCAGUAAAUCUGAUCCGUACGUUACACUCAACCUUGGCAAGGAGCUGCUAUCCGUGAAGAAGACUACUGUAAAGAUGGACACUCUGGAUCCCGUGUGGAACGAGGACUUCAAAUUAACUGUAAAGGACCCAGACACUCAAGUCCUCGAAUUACAUCUCUAUGACUGGGAAAAGUUUGGAACACAUGACAAUCUGGGGAUGCAAGUAGUCCCCCUAAAGUUGCUCAAGCCUUAUGAGAAGAAAACAUUCACACUCGACUUGGUGAACAGCAUGAAUCCUAACGAUCCUCUGAACAAUAAGUCGAUGGGUCAAAUUGAGUUUGAAAUGACAUUUGUUCCCUUCCAAGAAGACAGCAUGAAGUUCACCUCGACUUCUGGUAAGCAAAAGACGGAAAACAUCAAGACCUCACCAGACAAGAAUGCCUUGGAAGGAGAAGGUUUGCUAUCGGUUACAAUUAAAGGUGCAGAUGAUGUAGAGGGCAAAGUCCAAACCAAUCCUUAUGUUGUUAUCCAUUUUAGAGGAGAGGAGAGAAAGACCAAGAAAAUCAAGAAAUGUCGGCAUCCAAGAUGGGAAGAAGAAUUCCAAUUUGUUUUAGAAGAGGUUCCUUUGAAGGAUCAUGUUCAUAUCGAAGUCAUGAGCGUUCGGAGGAGGGCUCGUUGUUUUCGGACUAAGGAAUCUCUGGGGUACGUGGACAUUCAACUCAGGGAUGUUGUCCAUAAUGGGCGUGUUAAUGAAGAACACCAUCUUAUAAAUUCUAAAAACGGAACAAUACAUGUUGAUAUACGGUGGAAGGUGAUCUGAUAGAUCUUGUUUGAGUUUUGAUCACAUUUUAUGAUUUUUCAGUUUCAUUUGUUUCUUGAUAGCCGGCUCCCACUUGAUUGGGCAUGUAGAUGUAAAUACAUCACCAUUAGAGAGCAGCAAGAGUUUCUUUAUGAUCUGUGCUUUCGUCCCCAAUCAUUUUGAGGUGGUUCAAUGUUGUGUUUGUGUGUGUAUGCAUCCAAUAUAUAUACAUGUAAAUUUUAUUUUUUUUUUCUUUUUGAAAGCUGUAAAAACAUUUAUUAGUUUAGUUGGAAAUUUUGAAUGAAUUGAGUUUCAUG